UAGAUCCUGCCAUGGAGCUCACGGCUAUUUAUUCCAAGUUCUCUUCUGCACCUGUCUGUCUCCUGCCAACAGCUUUCUGCCUGUGGGAGGAGGGAAGAGCUGGGUGUACUCUUCGUCGUCCUACAGAUACUUCAAUGGAUCCAGCAACCAUCUGUGGAGAACAUAACCCCCCAGCGGCAUCUGGGUACCCUUGCCUGUACUUCACCUCCUGGAUGUAGACAGAACACUAGCCAGCAAGAUGUCAGCAUGGCAAGAAAUGAUAACUUCUGGCGGUACCUGCUCUUUACCCUUUGCUCUACAGACCUCUUUCCAGCCUCCUGACUGCCCAGAAACCUACAGCAGAAAGUUGAACACAGAGACACCAAGAUGCCAGCCUAUAGGUUGCAAAUGCAGUCUUCCUAAUUUCUGACCUGGAUCCAGGAAGGUCUCACCUGCAUCUAUAGUCUUUGUUUUCAGGGUCUUGUCAGGACAGUGCCUGAAGAAUCUAAAUACAGAAGAUGCUUGGGGUGUGGGUCCUGGACAGGGUGUAGGGAUCCUUCAAGGAUGUCCCAGUUAGAAAACGCCAUGGAGGGGAUAAGAUUUCAACCUAGCGGCAGGUUUGAGUGGGCAUUCCUGUUGCAAAGGGCACAGCCCCGAGCCCGGAAAAAGUAGGCAGACCCGGUGUAGCUAGCCCUAGAGCACAAAGUCCAGCAGGGGCCCGCCUUGCUCCUGAGGGAGUCCGCGCACACCGCAGCAGCCCCGCGCCUAAGCCCCCGCCAGCCGCGCUGGGGCGCCAGAGCUCCUACUCAGGCCGGCUCCUCCGCUUGCCGAGAUGUCACGUGGUACAGGUCCACGGAGCCCAAUGACAGGCGCCGAGCGAGACUCGCCCCGCCCACCCGAGUCACGUGGUGCCGCCGGCGCACCUUGAUAACGCAGCUCCCGGCCGCCGCUCCCGCCCCGCCCCGCCGCCGCCGCCGCGCCGAGUCCUUUUGUCCAAGAUGGCGGCGCCGGGGGCGCUGCCUCCUGGGCUGCCGCCGCUGCCGCUGUGAGGGGCUUGCGGGCCGCCCGCCCGCCGCGCCGGCGCCAUGAAGCGGCAGAACGAGCGAGACUCCAGCCCGAGCGGGCGUGGCUCGUCAUCGUCCGCCAAGCGGCCGCGGGAGCGCGAACGGGAGGCAGAGGCGGGCGGGCGGCGAGCAGCGCACAAGGCCUCCGGCGGCACCAAGCACCCAGUUCCAGCGCGGGCUCGUGACAAGCCCCGCGGCAGUGGCGGCGGCAGUGGCGGCCAUCGCGACGGUCGCGCUGCCGGGGAUGCGAAUCACCGAGCGAGCAGCGGGCGCUCCUCGGGCGCGCCCGGAGGCGGAGGACGCACCGGCAAGGCCUCGGGGGACCCCGGUGCUGGCGGCGCGUCGCCCCGCGCAUCUCCACUCCCACCGCCUCCGCCGCCCCCCGGGGCGGAACCUGCGGGUCCCGGCUCCACGGCGGCUCCGGAAUACAAGACGCUCCUCAUCAGCAGCCUGAGCCCCGCGCUGCCGGCCGAGCACCUGGAGGACCGGCUCUUCCACCAGUUCAAGCGUUUCGGUGAGAUCAGCCUGCGCCUGUCGCACACCCCGGAGCUGGGCCGCGUGGCCUAUGUGAACUUCCGGCACCCACAGGACGCGCGCGAGGCCCGGCAGCACGCGCUGGCCCGGCAGCUGCUGCUCUACGACCGCCCGCUCAAGGUAGAGCCGGUCUACCUGCGCGGCGGCGGCGGCGGCGGCGGCGGGAGCAGCCGGCGCAGUAGCAGCAGCAGCGCCGCUGCCUCCACGCCGCCCCCGGGACCUCCCACGCCCGCCGAUCCGCUGGGCUACCUGCCGCUGCACGGGGGCUACCAGUACAAGCAGCGCUCGCUGUCUCCGGUGGCCGCCCCGCCCCUGCGUGAACCCCGCGCGCGCCACGCCGCGGCAGCCUUUGCCCUGGAUGCGGCGGCCGCGGCGGCCGUGGGACUGUCUCGGGAGCGGGCCUUGGACUACUACGGGCUGUACGACGACCGCGGGCGCCCCUACAGCUACCCGGCCGUGUGCGAGGAGGACCUGAUGCCAGAGGAUGACCAGAGAGCCACUCGAAACCUCUUCAUCGGGAACCUGGACCACAGUGUAUCUGAGGUGGAGCUUCGGCGGGCUUUCGAGAAGUACGGCAUCAUUGAGGAGGUGGUCAUCAAGAGGCCUGCCCGGGGCCAGGGCGGUGCCUAUGCCUUCCUCAAGUUUCAGAACCUGGACAUGGCACACAGGGCCAAAGUGGCUAUGUCCGGCCGGGUGAUUGGCAGAAACCCUAUAAAGAUAGGCUACGGCAAGGCUAACCCCACCACCCGCCUCUGGGUGGGUGGUCUGGGACCUAACACCUCGCUGGCGGCCCUGGCCAGGGAAUUUGAUCGCUUUGGGAGCAUCCGGACCAUCGAUCACGUCAAAGGAGACAGCUUUGCCUACAUCCAGUACGAGAGCCUGGACGCAGCCCAGGCCGCCUGUGCUAAAAUGAGAGGCUUUCCCUUGGGUGGUCCAGACCGCAGGCUCAGGGUGGAUUUUGCCAAAGCAGAAGAGACUCGCUAUCCCCAGCAGUACCAGCCCUCACCUCUCCCUGUGCAUUAUGAGCUGCUCACUGAUGGAUAUACCCGGCAUCGAAACCUGGACGCUGACCUUAGGGUGCGGGAUAGGACCCCUCCACACCUUCUGUAUUCAGACCGAGACCGGACCUUUUUGGAAGGGGACUGGACCAGCCUCAGUAAAAGUUCGGACCGCAGAAAUAGCCUGGAGGGGUAUAGCCGCUCAGUGCGCAGCCGGAGUGGUGAACGCUGGGGAGGAGAUGGGGACCGGAGUAUAGCCAAGCCCUGGGAAGAGAGACGCAAGAGGAGGAGCCUUUCCAGUGACCGCGGAAGGACAACUCACUCCCCUUAUGAGGAACGGAGCAGGACCAAGGGUGGGGGGCAGCAGUCUGAGCGAGGCCCGGACCGCACCCCUGAGCGUGGCCGGAAGGAGAACCACUCCAGCGAAGGGGCCAAGGAGUCAGGCAGCAACUCCCUCAGCAACAGCAGACACGCAGAGGAGAGGAGCCACCAUCACCACCACCACGAGGCUCCAGACUCUUCCCAUGGGAAAAAGACUAGAGAGAGUGAACGCAAUCAUCGGACCACUGAGGCAGAGCCCAAGACUCUUGAAGAGCCAAAACACGAGACCAAAAAGCUAAAGACUCUUUCAGAGUAUGCUCAGACACUGCAGCUGGGUUGGAAUGGGCUUCUAGUUUUGAAAAACAGCUGCUUUCCAACAUCUAUGCACAUCCUAGAGGGGGACCAGGGAGUUAUCAGCGGUCUCCUCAAAGACCACACUUCUGGCAGCAAGCUGACCCAGCUUAAGAUUGCCCAGCGCCUUCGACUGGACCAGCCCAAGCUGGAUGAGGUCACCCGUCGCAUCAAGCAGGGCAGCCCCAACGGCUACGCAGUGCUCCUAGCCAUCCAGUCGACCCCCAGUGGGCCUGGCACUGAAGGGAUGCCCACAGUGGAGCCAGGCCUACAGAGGCGGCUUCUCAGGAACCUGGUCUCCUACUUGAAACAGAAGCAGGCUGCAGGGGUGAUUAGCCUGCCGGUGGGUGGGUCUAAGGGCAGAGACAGCACGGGCAUGCUCUAUGCCUUCCCGCCCUGCGACUUUUCACAGCAGUACCUCCAGUCAGCACUGAGGACAUUGGGCAAGCUAGAGGAAGAACACAUGGUGGUAGUUAUAGUCCGAGACACUGCCUAGCCCACACCUGUGCUCUCCAGCUGUUUGUGUCACAGAAACGGUUCUUUGAAAAAUCUGCUCCCUCCUCAACCUACCUUACUCCCUUGGUUUGAAUUCUUGCUGGUUUGUUCUGGUUCAUUUGGUGGCAUCCUGUCCACUGCUAAAACUAAGUUCUUGGGUCUGGGGCUUUUUGUUUUUUACAAGAAGAAACUCCUAUUAUGUUUCCUGUGUAUGAGAUACUGUCUGCUGUAUUCUGUAUUUUUUAUUUUUAUUUUUUGACUAACUGUAUGGAAAGUUGUCAGUAAAGCCUUUGUCGGGAUGAAUUUUUAAUCCGACCAUA